AUGGCUGAAGAAGCAGGCAGCUCCCCAAGGCCGGCUCGGCCGUCAAUCGCCGCUGCAAUGCGGAGAAGCUCCUACCUGCAGGACCAUCAGCAGUACCGCCCGCCGCACAAGCCCGAGAACCACUUCGGGAUCGACACCGUGGUUGAGGACCUCCAGACCACCUCUGUCUCGCCGCGUCAAAUCACUCACUACAAGGAAUUCAAGGGCAUACCCUCCCAGGAGAACCCUCCGAAGAUUGUCGAAAGCGGCGUGAACCACGAGCUGUCGCACCCCGACUGCACGCCGCGGCCAGGUGCCCACACCAACAGACUCGUUGCAACCCUCUUCUACAAGAUGACGGCUCCGAGAGUGUCGAAUGCGGUCCCUUCCCCGAGACAGGCUUCUUCCCCGCGGGAGAGCCGGUUCCCUUCCCUCCACGCAACCAACCCCGAUAUCCCUCCGACCAUGGCCCCGAGCAGCAGCCUCGAUACCUUCCCGCUCGAGCCUCCCGCUACCGAGCCUGAGCCGCUCGACCAUGUGUACGGCUCAUACGUGUCGCCCAUGUGCAUCACCUCCUUCCUCCACCUCAUGUCCACCUUCCCGCUGCCCCCGGGCUCGGUCGACCUUGCAUCGGCGCACCGCUGUCUGAAACUCGACGACAGCCAAGAUCACCAUCCUGUCGUCGUCGAGCUGACCGUUUCCCCCGCCCCGUCUCUGGACUAUCUCUCCCUAGCCGACUUGCGCAAACACGAGCUCAUCUACCGCUUUGAGCGCGAGUGGAACGUCGACGUGGCAUUGAGAAGCGACAAUCUCUGGCGGCGGUACCCUCGUCUGGUGGUCUUCGACAUGGAUAGCACCCUUAUCACGCAGGAGGUUAUUGACCUAUUGGCUUCCACCAUCAAAAACCCGCCUGAUCUUGCUGCCCGCGUGGCUGACAUUACACACCGCGCAAUGCUUGGCGAGCUGGAGUUCGACUCAGCGUUCCGCGAGCGGGUCAAGCUGCUCACGGGCCUGCCGGGGGACAUCUUCCAUGAGCUCCGGCCUGUGUUGGAGGUCACCAAGGGUGUCAGACCUCUGCUCAGGGCGCUGAAGAGGUUGGGCGUCAAGACCGCUGUGCUGUCCGGUGGCUUCUUGCCGCUUACGGGCUGGCUGGCGGGCGAGUUGGGGAUUGACUACGCCCACGCCAACGAAGUGGUCAUUGACGAGGCCACCGGAAGGCUAACUGGCGAAGUGAAAGGCCGCAUUGUGGGCAAGGAACGCAAACGGGAGCUCCUCCUCGAGAUCGCCGAGAAGGAGGGCAUCCCUCUGGAGCAGGUGGUUGCCGUAGGUGACGGAGCCAACGAUCUGCUCAUGAUGGAAGCCGCCGGCUUGGGUGUCGCAUGGAACGCGAAGCCCAGAGUGCAGAUGGAGGCUAGUGCCCGGCUCAACGGCGACAGCCUAUUGGAUUUGCUUCACCUCUUUGGCUUCACGGAUGAGGAGGUUCAGGAGCUGAUUGCUUGA